UUCUCAUUUCCUCUCAAUUACACACACUCUAACGUGCAAUUACACACAGUUAAUCACUUAUACUGUGUAUAUAUAUAUAUAUAUAUAGAGUUUUUCCCAUUUCUCUCUCAACAGCAAUGGCGAAUGCAGGAGGUGUGGGGCAGGGGCUGGUGGUGAGCUUCGGCGAGAUGCUGAUCGAUUUCGUCCCGACGGUUUCCGGCGUGUCGCUGGCGGAGGCGCCGGGGUUCCUGAAGGCGGCCGGCGGCGCUCCGGCGAACGUUGCGAUCGCGAUCACCAGGCUCGGCGGGAAGGCGGCGUUCGUCGGAAAGCUCGGCGACGACGAGUUCGGGCAAAUGCUCGCCGGAAUCCUGAAGGAGAACAAAGUCUCCGCCGAGGGGAUCAAUUUCGAUAAGGGCGCGCGCACCGCCCUCGCCUUCGUGACGCUGCGCGACGACGGAGAGCGUGAGUUCAUGUUUUACAGGAAUCCCAGCGCUGACAUGCUCCUCAAGCCGGAGGAGUUGAAUCUUAAUCUCAUUAAAUCUGGCAAGAUUUUCCACUACGGAUCAAUUAGCUUGAUUGUGGAGCCAUGUAGAUCAGCCCACAUGAAGGCCAUGGAGGAGGCUAAGAAAGCAGGGGCAUUGCUGUCCUAUGAUCCCAACCUCCGGCUUCCCCUGUGGCCUUCAGCCGAGUACGCCAAGGAGCAGAUCUUGAGUAUCUGGAACAAGGCGGACCUGAUCAAGGUGAGCGACGACGAGCUUGAAUUCCUCACCGGAAGCAGCAAGAUUGAUGAUGAAACUGCAAUGUCCUUGUGGCACCCCAACUUGAAGCUCCUCUUGGUCACACUCGGCGAAAAGGGAUGCAAUUACUACGCCAAGAACUUCAAAGGGCAUGUGGCCGGCUAUGGUGUGCACGCGGUUGACACCACCGGAGCAGGUGAUUCUUUCGUGGGAGCCAUCCUCGCAAAGAUUGUUGAUGACCUUUCCAUCAUCCAGGAUGAGGCCAAGUUGAAGGAAGUGUUGAAAUACGCCUGUGCCUGUGGCGCCAUAACCACGACCCAGAAGGGCGCCAUCCCCGCUCUCCCUACCCCUGCCGCCGUGCUUCAGCUUCUCAAAACCGGAAAAUAGGCACACCAUUUGCGUUUAUUACAGUUUCAUUUUGGUUUUUUUAAGAAUUUUGAAAUUGGUUCAACCAUGAACGACCCUUUUUUCCUCUCUUUUGCAUUUCUCUGUAUUUUUCUUGAGUUUAUAUUUCACUCAUUUCGGCAUUUCUAAAUUGUGAGUUGUUAUAAAAUAAAAAUAGUGGCAGCACAUACAUUUUUAUGCGAA